AAUACCCUAAUCUCACUCCAACUAAUACCGAUGUCUUUGGUGAUAAAACCGCACACCUGACGGAUUGUGCAGGUGGUAGUUCCUAAGUUGGAGACAAUAUCGGUGUUGUUGUAAGUGGGCCUUUGGCCUGUCUCUUUGAUAAUUCUAUAUGGUAUCAGAGCUAUGGAGCGUGUGGAUCUACACAUUUCCUUUAAGAUAGAUAACAUAAUUUGUUCAAAAAAAAAAAAAAAAAAAUUACCUAACACUCGUUUAUUCCAAUGUUGGGCCUAACAAAUGGGCUUUCAUCCCUCUAAAAACAGGCCGAAACAAGGCCCUGCUACUAUGUCCCAAUCCGACCGACAACAAUAUCGUCCCAGAAGAUUUUGAAACGACACCGCAUUCAGGAAGCAAGAUAAAUCCCGCUCCGUUCCCUCUCUCCAUCCCUCUUUUCGUUUCCAGGGUUUACGAAACCGUAACGAGCAGUCACAGAAACCGAAACUUCGAAUCCAAGAAAACAUGGGAGGCAAGUGCCCGCAUAGAAGCGUCAAGAAACGAAGAUACUCUCACAAGACUCACCGCCGCGCCAAAUUCGAAAUCAAAGGUAACGACAUGGUGUAUGAUGGUCUGAAGAAGGCAGAGGAGGGGGCGAAGCCAUUGCCUCAGGAUCAGGACCUUCCUGGGAUGGGCCAAUACUACUGCCUACACUGCGACCGAUACUUUAACAAUGCGCUGGUGAGGGACGAUCAUUUCAAGACAAGGCGUCACAAGAAGCGUGUGAAGAUAAUGAUGGGGGAUGCACCUCACACUCAGCUGGACGCUGAUUUAGCUGCUGGGAUGGGUAUGCCAGAUAAUGGUCCCAAGCUUAUGUCUUUUUGAGCUUUCCGUUUUUGUUUUAUUUUAUGUACCUCGUAGCGGAAGAUACAUGAUACAUGCUUUGUGAGGUCUAGUCUCUGAAUUUUGUGCAUCGUUCAUCGAAUGCCUGACAGGGGAAUAGGAAUGUUUUACGUGAAAA